UGACUUGUUUUGUUAUCGAGAAACACGAGGAACAUAACAGAAUUGAUUAAUAUUUUUUGGAUUGAUCUUUGAAGAAUAUGUUAUGCGUUUCUUCAGCAACUAUAAGAAUUACUAAUUUAUUUUGGAAAUUAGUUUAGGGAUUGAGAGGGAGGGAGAGAGUUGUUUUGUUUGCGUUUGUGUGUUUGUUUGACUUCAAGCCAAAACCAGAGAGAUCAAAGGGUAAAAGUGCUAGAUUAACCCUUGAACCAGAUGCGUAGGCUACAAUCCCCUGAAGGUGGAGGGGAAGACAUCGAUAUGGCGAGGGAUCAAGACGGUGGAAGAGUGCCAAUUUGGGCUUUAUUAUUGUUUCAACUUCUGAAAGGAUUGGGAGGGGUUUGAACUUUGAUCGAUGGUUUUUCUCAUUGGAUGGUUAGAAAGCCAGAGGAAGAAGAUGAAGAAUACAUUAAAAACAAAGUUUUCUUUUCAAUAUUUGUUUUAUUAUUCAAUAUCAAUUCGAGUUAACCUUCGUGAUCUCUCUGUUAAGUAUGGGAUAGGUGGCGAAAUAUUAAGAAAGAAACAGGAAAGGCACAUGGAAAUUGGGCACAGGAAAAUUGAACUCCUAUUCUUACACGGGGAAGGGUAGGUGGCAGACUCUGAUACUUGCAUACAAGACACUGGGAGUAGUCUUUGGAGGGCUUGUCACAUCCCCACUCUAUGUAUACCCUUCGAUGCACCUCAAGUCUCCAACAGAAGAUGACUAUUUGGGCAUCUACAGCAUUAUGUUCUGGACUCUCAGUCUCAUUGGGGUUGUCAAGUAUGCCAGCAUUGCUCUCAAAGCCGACGAUCAGGGCGAAGGUGGAACUUUUGCCCUGUAUUCAUCACUUUGCAGGAAUAUGAACAUUGGCGUGCUUACUUCAAGGCCUACAAAUUCAAGUUCAAGUCUUUCACCCUCUCUCUUGGAUGAGGGCACAGAAAAACAGAGUAGGCUUGCAAAGUUUUUCAGAAAAAGUGUCUUUGCUAGAAGGGUGUUGCUUUUUAUUGCUAUGCUAGGCACGUGCAUGGUUAUUGGAGAUGGUAUUCUUACACCUGCAAUCUCUGUUUUGUCAGCAAUGGAUGGAAUAAGGGCUCCUUUUCCAUCUCUGAGUUCCUCUGUGGUGGAAGCGCUUUCUGCAGUAGUCCUUAUCAUUCUGUUCUUGUUACAAAAGUUUGGUACAUCUCGAGUGAGCUUCCUUUUUUCCCCCAUAAUGGGUGCAUGGACGUUGUGUACCCCACUUGUAGGAAUUUAUAGCAUCAUACAUCAUUAUCCAAGCAUAUUUAAGGCUAUAUCACCACACUAUAUCUUCCGUUUCUUUUGGAGAAAUGGAAGGGAAGGCUGGCUGUUGCUUGGUGGCACUGUCCUUUGCAUCACAGGCUCCGAAGCAUUGUUUGCAGAUCUUGGCCAUUUCAACCGAAGCUCCAUUCAGAUAGCUUUCUUGUUUACAAUCUAUCCAUCUCUGGUUCUGACAUAUGCGGGGCAGACAGCAUACCUGAUCAGGAAUCCAAAUGAUCAUGAUGAUGGAUUCUUUAAGUUUAUACCAAAAUCGAUCUACUGGCCUAUCUUUAUCAUAGCCACAUUGGCUGCAACAGUUGCAAGCCAAUCUCUAAUAUCAGCCACGUUUUCUGUCAUCAAGCAAUCUGUAGUACUUGAUUAUUUCCCUCGGGUGAAGGUUGUGCACACAUCCAAUAGCAAAGAAGGAGAGGUUUACUCCCCUGAAGUCAACUACAUCCUCAUGAUUCUCUGUGUUGUUGUCAUACUUAUUUUUGGGGAUGGAAAAGACAUUGGCAAUGCAUUUGGUGUUGUUGUCAGUCUAGUCAUGCUCAUCACCACAAUAUUACUGACACUGGUAAUGAUCAUAAUAUGGAGAACACCACCUAUGCUGGUUGCUCUUUACUUCUGUGUAUUCUUUGUCAUGGAAGGUGUUUACGUGAGUGCAGUCUUCACUAAGAUCCCUGAAGGUGGAUGGAUUCCUUUUGCCAUAUCCUUUAUCCUUGCCUUCAUUAUGUUUGGUUGGUUUUAUGGGAGACAGAGAAAAUUAGAAUAUGAGUUGACUCAUAAGAUAACCUUAGACAGACUUGGUGUGCUAUUAUCUGACCCCAGUGUUCAAAGGGUUCCUGGAUUGUGCUUCUUUUACACCAACAUUCAAGAUGGCCUCACUCCGACUCUUGGACACUACAUUAAAAACAUGAAAUCCCUUCACCAGGUCACUAUGUUCACUACUCUUCAAUACCUAUUGGUUCCUAAGGUUGCUCCUCAUGAGAGGAUUGUCGUAAAAAAACUUGGCUUCAAAGGAGUUUAUGGGUGUGUUAUUCAGUAUGGCUAUGCAGAUCCCCUAAACCUUGAAGGAGAUGAUUUUGUUAGUCAAGUUACAAAUAGCUUGCAGGCACAUAUACAAAACUGCUCAGGCCGUCUUCCAUCCAUUCCUUCAGAGAUCCAAGAAGAGAUAUCUGAUUUGGAAGAAGCAAGGAGUGCAGGUGUAGUUCAUGUUAGAGGAAAGACAAGGUUUUAUAUUGGCCAUAACUGUGGCUGGUUUGAUAGAAUUAUGCUGGCAUUUUAUGAAGUUCUGCACAGCAACUGUAGGUCGGCUCUGCCUGCUCUAGGGGUGCCUCCGCCUCAGCGGAUUGAGGUCGGAAUGCUUUAUGAGGCUUGAAGGAAGGAAGGCUAUAUUUUGGUGGAAUAUUGAAAUAAGAUGCUACUUAGAUU